CCUCUUUUUGUUCAACUCCAGUGUUCUUCCUUCUAAUUUCUGCAGCUUGAAUUGGGAAAUUAGUGGAAGUGCGUCCAGCUGAGUCUAUUAAGGAACAAGAAUGGCAAAAAUUGAUGAGUUAAGCAACAUUAAUUGGGCAAAGAGCAGAAAAGAAAUUGGGCAAUCCAGUAGUAGUAUUGAAAUCAAAGAAGAUGAUUGGAUAAUAUCCAUAAUGAAAGAGAGACCCAAUGUUUCAUCUUCAAACAAGCAGUAUUUACCUAAGGUUCCAGCAGAAUUAAGGAAGAAGGAGCAGAAUAAGGGAUUCUUUGAUCCCACAAUCCUGUCAAUUGGUCCGUACCACCAUGGCAAGCCAGAGGUGGAAGAAGCGGAGAAGUUGAAGACCAAUGUGGCACGUACAUUUAUAGCUGAGAGCAACCGAGAACCCCAUGAAUUCUAUAACAACAUCCUAAAGGUGGUGAGCGAUGCUAGGAAGUGCUACCUUCCAGGCUCAACAGAUGCAUACGACGACGAAGCAUUCGCCCAUAUGAUGUUCCUCGAUGGUUGUUUUAUUCUGCAGUACAUUCUUGCCACCAUGCAAGGUAGACAAGAUUUUUUUGUAGAAAUACGUGAUCAUAUAGGGAUAGCGGGUUGGAGUGCAAUAACUGUGGACAUUGUGUUGCUGGAAAACCAACUUCCUUUCCUAGUUCUCCAGGAAUUGAUUAACACAAAAUUCGCAGAAGAUCAAGGCAAAUUAGGGGAGCAAUUGAUCGAGAAUUACAUUGUUAUGGCGUACGGAAAUAGCAUCGAAAUGUGGAGAUUUAGGGAAAAAACUUAUAAGCAUGAGGGAGAACCACCCUUUCAUCUCCUACAACUUAUCAGGAAAAGAUUUCUCGGCAGCCAUCAUCAUCAUCAUCAUCAGACAGAAGAAGUAAUAUUUAGCAGUGAGAAACUCCAGGAUGGUCCUGCAGGUAAAGAUGACCAACGUUGUUCCUUGAGAACAAUAUUUUCCUGCCGUUCCAGAUCAAGAGGGCAUGAGGAAACCAAGCCUAAGGACCCAAUCAAGGAUAUUUUUAGUUACUCAUUUCGUUCCGCCACAGAACUUAAAGCAAAGGGUAUACAUUUCAAGCCUAGCUCCACAUCUUUUUUGAGCGACUUCACUUUCACUUCUCAUUUUGGCUACGGAGUGCUCACACUCCCUCAACUCAUAUUUGGCUGGGGACGCAAGCACUUACUUCUAAACAUGAUGGCCUAUGAAUUGGCCCCCUCUGAGGUCACUGAAACUAAGGUAUGCAAUUACAUAUAUUUUAUGAAUUCACUCAUAAAUGGAGCUGAUGACGUGAUGGAGUUGCGAACACACAACAUCAUUCAUAACUUCUACGGCACUGAUGAAGAAGUCGCAAAAGCAUUCAACUCCAUGGCUACAGGGUAUUCAUAUCUUUCCUUCCAAGGCCCUAUUAAAGAUGUCAGUGACCGAAUACAAGAGCAUUACAGUAGCACCAUGAAGACUUGGACCGCUCAACUAUUGCAUGACUAUUUUACGAGUCCCUGGUCUGUUAUUGCUUUCCUUGCCGCAACUUUCGCACUGCUCUUGACAGCCCUUCAAACAUACUUCCAAAUUUCUCCUCAUUCUUCAAAGUAAAGGUUUAAUGGACCAAGUGAGAGUUGGGCUCACCCAACCUGUACUACUGCUGUUCCUCAACAUGUAUAGAGAGAGGUUCAUCCAAGUUUCUACGUAUUUUAUUUGUGUGUGUUUAAUUAUUUGUGUGUUUGAAUGUGAGAACUCACUUCUAUGUGUAAUUUUUUUUUUCUCUAUUGGUUUGCUUUUGGGAUGUUUAAAUGUGAUUGCGUUUUUAAAGAUGAUUGAAUAAAGAAGUGUGUGUUGCAGUA